CUUACCUAUCUUUUCUCAACACACCCACAAAAGGAUUCUCGCGCGAAUCUCCAUUAGCUUCAGCGCACCCAGAUACUCACGAGGAUUACUAACGAGGACAACAUCUCAAAUUCUUGUGCCAUGCCGCUUCCAAUAGUGACACCUGGAUCCGACAAUGCGACUGAUGAUGGCCUGCAUCUAAUGCUCGAUUUACCGACUGAGCUACGAUGCUAUAUUCUGGAACUGCUCAUUAUCGACGGGCAUUUCGAAGCCUAUAACACACUUCUUGAAUACCCGGAAGUCAGAGAGGUAGUGCGCUGCAACUUCAAUACGCAGUUUAGGGCAGUCAAGCGAUACAACAAUCUCGCUGGUCAGCUUCAGCAAAUCCUGACUACUACAGCUCUACUAUCAGCGCACACGAACAAGUUAUGCUCACAUGAGCUAGCAGAGUUUCUCGCAAGCAACCUCGUCGAUGAAAACCCACACGUGUCCGCAGAUAGCUCCAGCCAGGCUGUCGUUGUUCUCCGCAAGUAUCAAAAAUACUUGGUCGAUGCGGAGACCUUGACGGAUCAAUUCGCCAAGAUAACGAUAGGCAAUGCUGCAGUUCGAUAUGCCUCCGGAGACCAUCGUCGUUACGGUGCCGACACCUUGUCCAAAGUCGAUCAUCAUCGUAUACUCCGUGCCUUCCUUCGGUUACAGCUCUACAUCGAGAUUCGGAAACUGUAUGGAGUGAGGAGAAGCCUCAAACGAAAGCUUCGAGGCCUGUUCUCUUUAUGGACGACCUGGGAGUUCGACGAGGUCAGAAGCCUUGUCGAAUGGAUCAAGAUCGAACGUCCAAGUCUACCGAAACGUUACGCCAAAAGUAUUCGCACCCUGUUUGCCUUGGUCGACGCACACUUCUACAACGACAUGGCUCCGUACGUCAAAGCUCGGCCAGACCCUAUGCGCGACAGGCAUCGGCGUUCUAAAUUCGCCAAGAAGUCGAAGACAUGGAAUGACACACCUGCGACACCUGACGAGGGUAGAGCCGACGCGCGUAAUAGAGACUGGAGACCUCUGGGGUAUACAUCCGGAUGUUAUGCUGAGUACACUCAACGCGUAUAUCGAGAACACUUCCUCGCCGGAGGUUACCCAUUCUGGUGUCGGUUCACUACCGCACGAUAUGGGUGGUGGCAUGAACGCAACGUAACCUACGAUUUGCAGUCGCGAUUUGGACAGGUAUAUAUUACGGACAGGUUUCAGCGCUCAAGACAUGGCUAAGGCGUCCAUGUCGGACUCUCGCAAUCCGAAGAUCUGGUGUUAGGGCUGCAUCAUGGGCGGAACACGAUGUGAAUACUCCGGUAUUCGAUAGGUUUCUUAAUUCCGUGAAUGAGAUUGUAAAGUGACACAUGAGUUAGGUGCAGCUUGGCAGUCCUCGCAAUCUCUUAGAUUGCUUACAUAACCAUGUUUGGCGUGGUUGUCAACCUCCCCGCGCGUUCGCUCCUUCGCAUCAAUGCAUCAACAUUCCAUCUCAAACCGUCUCCUAGCGGAGCGGAGGCCGUGAUUUGCGGACGAACAUGAUCGGUCGUCAGGCAAAGACCCUGAGAGUCAUGGCGUCUUUCUGCUUCGAGUUAGGUUGGGUCCUAUCCGCCCUGCCAUGCCACCGUGAAACAGCUCAAUGGCCGUAUUGCUCAACGGCCCGACUUUGAACAACGCAGAAACAUU